UGUUAUAUUCCUAUGGCGAAGAGUAGUACUAGAGUUUUUAACAUUGUUUUCUUUGUUUUAUUGAGUAUAGGAAUAUGUUCAGCUGCAAGAACCCUUAUCGGUCUUGAUGUUGGUGUUGGGGCCAAGGUUGGUGUCUAUGCUGGUGGCGGUGGAGGAGGUUCCGGUGGAGGUGGUGGAAGUGGUGCUGUAGCUGGGGACCAUGGUGGUUAUGCCGGUGGAAGUGGUAGCGGUGAAGGUGGUGGAAGUGGAUAUGGUGCUGGAGGAGCACCAGGUGGAUAUGGUGGUGGAGGUGGUGGAGGCAGUGGUGGUGGUGGCGGUGGAGCUUCUGCUGGUGGAGCACAUGGUGGUGGAUCUGGUGCAGGUGAAGGAAGUGGAAGUGGUGGUGGAUAUGGUGCUGGUGGGGCGUCAGGCGGUGGAGGUGGUGGUGGAGGUGGCCACGGAGGUGGUGGUGGUGGAGGUGGAGCGACUGCUGGUGGAGCACAUGGUGGUGGAUCGGGUGCAGGUGAAGGAGGUGGAAGUGGUGGUGGAUACGGUGCUGGUGGGGCGCCACGCGGUGGAUAUGGUGGUGGAGGCGGCCACGGAGGUGGCGGUGGAGGUGGUUCAGCAUCAGGAGGAGAUGGAGGAGCAUCAGGUGGCGGAUAUGGAGGCGGUGAAGGUGCUGGUGGUGGAGCAGGCGGAGCUCAUGGAGCAGGAGGAGGCGGCAGUGGAGGUGGAGCAGGUGGUGGAGAAGCCUAUGCGGGUGGUGAAGGUGGUGGACAUGCAGGUGGAUAUGGUGGUGGUGAAGGGGGUGGAUCCGGACAUGGUGGUGGUGAUGGUUAUGCCCCUUGAGAGCUUAUUCUCUUCAAAGUUUGGAAAUGAUUUCCUCUUCUUAAAUAUCUAUACAAUUAAAAAUAAAAUGAUCAAAUCGUGUGUAAUUUAUGAAAGCAAAUUAAAAAUGUUGCAGCAAGAAAAGUGCUUUUAAUCUAUAUAUGUGCACGCUUGCUUUUUUCAAAUAUUUAUUGCAAAAGAAGAUGUCUAAGAAAAUUAAAGGUGUCUUGCAAUUUGGAGCAUAUAAUGUAAGAAAAUGGUUUAGCAAACUCCUGUGUACGUUCUCUAUUCAUUGCAUGCAUGAUGCUAUAUACAGUAGUGAUAUUUCAUUGGACGA